AUGAGGGAGGCAAUGGCAAAUCUACAUCCUUUAUUAGACCAUGAGGAUCGCGAACUUCCGGGGCAAGAGGAUGUUGUCCGCCUUAUUCGCGUCAUUGCCAUUAUAAUGAAAUAUCAGGUUAACAUAAGACAUCAACCAGAACGACCAAGGCGAAACAGACAUGUAAAAGGAUGGUUUGGCCGUAACACUUGCAAGAUAGUAGAUGAAAAUUUGACACAAUUCGGCGGAAGUGAAAGGACCGUUGACCUUGAGCAAAUCCACAAUAGCUUGAAACGAACAGGACCACAGUCUCCAGAAGAAUUUUUCGCAAACUUUAUGACCAUGCUUCUUGUGCAGGUGGGACCUUAA